CUUGUAGCCCAUGUCUCUUCAGGUCUGAAGGCAAUGCAGCAAGCAUCACUGCCCACUUCACACAGCACCAUCUUGUUGGAGCCAACGUGAAGGAAGGCAUCAUUAGAAGUCCACUGUCCAGUCGGGUUUGGCAGUCUGUCUGUCUGGAGGGUUAGUCCUAGGGGAGGGUUCCAACCCUCUUGAACUCCCACCCCCGCCCCCACCCUACCGCCAGGCGCCGUGGGAGGUCGCAGGCGGUGGGCGGGGCCCCGGGAGCAGCAAAGCCCGUGGGCUGUGGCGACAGGAGUGUGGGUCCAGCGGUCCUCUCCACCCGUGCCCGCCCCCGCCCGCACCACGGAGCCCCGGAAGCGGCGGGAUUUCCUGUGCCCGCCCCGCGCCGGCCCUGUCGCUUGUCGCUUGCUGUGCGGGCCGCGGGCUCGGCCGCGCCGGGCGGGAGGUAACGCCAAGGGGCCGAGCCGGGGUGAGUGAGGCUGGGGUGCGGGCGGGCGUGGAGGAGGGCACCAGCCUGGCCGUGGGAACAGUGGCGUCGGUGUCGCAUGCCUGGUCCCGCCGCUGUCACUUGCGUGGGCGUCCCCGCAGCACCUUUCUGUCACUUGGUAUAGCCCCUGCUCGCGGGAACCUGUUUUCUAGUCCCACUUAGCCAGUUCCCGAGUCUUCUGAAAUCUGACCCUCCCGGGGGUGCUGAGUCUGACUCAGAAGAAACCUUAUUCUGCUGUGGGCUCGGGGCCCAAGGUGCCACACCCGCGAUGGCAGGGCCACUGAGCCACUCUUCGUCCCUGUGCCCUUGGGCCACUCUUUGAUACUAAGGCCCUGUCUCUGUCCAAAAGAACUCGCUGAGAAAAAAAAAAAAAAAAAAACUUCAGCAGGUGCCCUGCCUCCCAGAUACAUAACCAGGCAAAAGAAAUGAAAGCCCAAGAACCCAGGCUCCAGCAGACUUGGGAUCAUCCUGAACUAGGGACAAGGAAAGAUAGAAGACAGGUUAAGGUGGGAGCCCAGGUGCUGGCCCUGCCAGGAGCACCCUAGGAAAUGCAGGCAGGUGACAGUGAUCCAUGCCAUCCUUUGCUCCCGGUUCCCCCUAACAUUUCCACAGGUUUUCUGUCAUCCAGCUGGCCCAGUGCGCUCUGCAGAAUCAGGCCAGGGUGUAUCCCUGAGGCCCCAAAGCCAUCUUUGAGCUUCAAUGAUGGAAGAGGAAUUUGUUCUUUCUGUACAUUGUAACUGGCCUGGGGUCUGCUGUAGCCUUUCCCAGCCUCCUGGGUUCCUGCAGAUGUUACUGGAUGAUCCUGUGAGCUAAAAUAGCCCUGGGAUUCUGUAUAUGAGUACCCUGUCACUGUCUUCAGGCACACCAGAAGAGGGCAUCGGACUCCAUUACAGACGGUUGAGCCACCAUGUGGUUGCUGGGAAUUGAACUCAGGACCUCUGGAAGAGCAGUCAGUGCUCUUAACCAUUGUGCCAUCUCUCCAGCCUGCCCCUGAAAUUCUGACUUGUUCUAGGGAGAUUAUUGGUCGCUCCGUCUACAUAGAAAGGGAAUAAAAAUGACAGACAUGGAUUGCCACGCAGUAAGUUGUUCCACAGUCAUUAUCAAAUGGGACCUGUCUUGCUCUAGGAUUGUUGUGGACUCUAGAAAACAAACAGAAACGAACAAAUACUAGCCUAAGUCUUUCCUGUGAUCAAAACCAUUUAUUCUGUUUGAUACAUAGACAUAUUUACAGGUGGCCUGACUGGCCGACCCUCUGUUGCUUAUCAAGCCCAAACUAUGUCUGUUGGUUUAGCUUUUCCAGAGGCUGGGUUUCCUGCCCUUUUCUUGAUUCGAAUCUCUUCCUGUGAACAAACACUGGCUUCCCCAUACCGUUCUUGAAGUUGGAUAUAUUCUUUGUAAGGCACUGUGACCGGUGCCUGUCACACACUUCAGCCCACAGGGAUGCUUAUUCCCUGUCACACUGUAUGAGUGACGCCACCUUCCAGCUUCCCAGGGUCUCUCCACAUGCUGAUCUUUCCAUGAUCUCCUUUAAACUUUGGCUCUGCACUGACCUGCAGUUCCAGCCCCCUGUCAAGGCUGCGUUGAGUGCUUACAGCUUGCUUUUAUAGCUGUCUACUUUACGGGUCUUUCUGCUGGGUUUUUAUCAGUUCUCAUUUCCUACAUAAGUGUGACAGAUCAUGGGUCCCUUCACUGAGACUUAAGGGAGGGCUAUCUGGUUCAGCUCGAGAGAGACAGCAGGUACUCACAGGUCACCCCCUGCCCCGGGUGGGACUUCUACAUCAGUUGGUGAAAAUGUAAUGUGAGGCAUAGAAUCUUCAGGUAUAACAGCAUCCAUCUUUGUUGAGUGGAUUCCUUCUUGUGUUCUCAACGACUUUGCUGCGCCUUGAGUGAUUUUGAUACAGUGGAAACCCUCUGGAUCUUCAGGAUUGGACUAAUUGUGUUUUAAAGUGAAGUUUCUUGCAGUCCUGGGUGAAGGUCUGUUGAUAGUGUGAGGCCUUCGAAAUAACAGGGACUUGACUGUGUGGCGCCUGUCAGUUCCUGAGCUCCUCCUGGAAAGCUUGGCUCACACCAUGUUUGGUAAGCUCAUCUUCCAUGGGGCUCCUUGGACCAUUUCCUGUCCUUAGCCUUAAGAGCUGUUCUCUGAAGCUUCCUUGGGCAUAUCAUCCUCAUCCAUGAUAGAAGAGUGCAUCACUUCCUGACUUGUUCCAGGUCACAGUGUGUGCUUGCUGCAGACAUGCUUUCGGAACAGGCUGUAGGCCUGGGCACGGGAUGGGAGCCAAUGAAUACACAGCUGGAUGCGGCAGAACUCCAGUCAGAAAGAGGGACCCGGGAAGAGGGCUCGUGGAGAACAGCACCAAGGCCGCUGGAGCACCUUCACUGUGGUCUUGAAGACGAGCCACUGUCCCUUCAGGAGAAGGCAACUUCUGUUCCCUGGGUUCCGGCCGUUCCCCAGGAGGGGAACACUGGAGACUGGGAAAUGGCAGCCGCACUUCUUGCAGCCGGAUCCCAGGGCCUAGUAACUAUCAAGGAUGUGUCCUUGUGCUUCUCUCAGGAGGAGUGGCGGAGCCUGGACCCCUCGCAGACAGACUUUUACGGAGAAUAUGUCAUGCAGGAAAACUGUGGGAUCGUCGUCUCUCUGAGGUUUCCCAUCCCCAAAUUGGACAUGCUUUCUCAACAAGAGGGAGGAGAAGACCAAUGGGCCCCUGACCCCCAGGAUGUAGAAGGAAGGGACAUCCUGAAGGUCACAUAUACAGGAGACGGAGGUGAACCCCAGGGUGAUACUCCUGAGCUACAGGUGGAACCUCCCAGAACAUUAUCCAGUGUGACUGAAGAUACUGCUCUCUGGAACCCAGGGCAGGGUCCAAGCUGGGAGUCCAUGCCCAGGAACUCCACAGGAAUGCUCCUAAGCCCACGCUUCCUUCAGGAGGACACCUUCUCUCGCCAUCUACACAGAACAGACACAGACUCUCUCUUAAAACCACACACGUGCCCUCAAUGUGGGAAACAGUUUGUGUGGGGCUCCCACCUUGCCCGACAUCAGCAAACCCACACUGGAGAGAGGCCCUACAGCUGCCUCAAGUGUGAGAAAAGCUUUGGGCGAAGGCACCACCUGAUCAGGCACCAGAAAACCCAUCUGCAUGACAAGCCAAGCAGGUGCUCUGAGUGCGGCAAGAGUUUCCGAUGCAGCUCGCACCUGGCCAGCCACCAGAGAGUGCACGCAGACAGCAAGUCCUGCAAGGGCCAAGACUUUGGAGAGAGUCCUGCGGCUCAGCACUGCGUGCCUCCCGUGCCAAAGUGCCAUGUGUGCACUGAAUGUGGGAAGAGCUUUGGCCGGAGGCACCACCUGGUGAGACACUGGCUGACCCACACCGGGGAGAAGCCCUUCCAUUGCCCUCGCUGUGAGAAGAGCUUUGGCCGCAAGCACCACCUAGAUAGGCACCUGCUGACCCACCAGGGACAGAGUCCUGGGAGCAGCUGGGACAGAAGGACAGCUGCCUUUUGAAAUCUGUCUCUUCUGUAGCCAUGGUCAUAUCUGUCAGCCGGUGCUACCAGCAGCCACUGCCAGAGCUGGCCCUCUCCUGUACCCUGAGGGCCAGAGUAUUUCUCACCAUUUCUGUGAGACAACGUGGGAAAACAGAGUUCUCUGGGCAAAAUUGUGGGAAAUGGUGCAAAGUAUGUAUGUGUGAGGCUAUUCAUGCUGAACCUACUCUCAAGGGAACCAGCAGUGAUAGCUGAGGUCCAUUCUCACUGGUUGGGGUCCAUGUGGUACCAGUUCCCAAGUAUUUACUCUACACAGAGAGAAAGUGAAAGCGGCUGUUAGUAUAUCAAGGGCUCUGAGAACCCCCACAGUCAAUUUCUAUUCAUGUAAUGUUUCCUAAAUUUGUUUGGCUCCAAGAUCUACAUCAAAUUCUACAGAAUGGGUGACUCCAUGAAGUACUGGGCUAAGAUGAAAGGAAGAAACAGGAAAGAGAUGGUGAUCAGGCAUUCGGAGCUUGAGAGCAAGGGGCCAGACACUCUCAUGUGGGUCUGCCUCCUCUCUUCCUCUUCUCUCUUCCCCUGUGAUCACAUGCCUCUCACUCCUCCCUCUGAAAAGUAUAGAGUGAGCUUUCACUCCCAGUUCAUAGUCCCUCAUCCUGUACACACACACACACACACACACACACACACACACGUUCAACAUGCACAUACCACACACAACCACAUGGAUGCAUAUGCACACACAUGCACACAUGCUACACACACACACACACACACACACACAGCUGAGAGAUCAGGUUACAGAGCUAAAGAGUGAACUUUGUUACCCAAGUAAUCAAGGCCCACACAGAAGGAAAAACUAUCCCCUUGAACAGAGCUUUCUCUUGUCUGUGUUUUUGUGUCCGUGUGUGUACGUGUGCAGGGUCUUUGAAGACAGCAUGCUCAGUGCGAAAUGUACAAGUUAGGUUUUCUAGGAACUGUGUUCUAGGGAUAAGGGUAGUGGGGACGGUAUGAGUUUUGGUUUUGUUUAAACGUAUUCUGAGUGGUACAGGGAGUCGUAGUGGGAUGGUGUAACAAUGGCUUGAGUUGUGUACAAAGUUUUCCUUGGUAUUCCUGGGAUGUAGACAGUUGUGGAUUUGUAUAUCUAGGUCUGAAUCCCUGGGAGGAAAUUCCCUUCCCCUACAGAGACGGAAAGGGACAGUGACUUGUUGUUGUUGUUGACCUCGAGCAAUGUGAUGGUGGUUCGUGCUGCGUGGGGUUCUGUCUUGUUUUGUUUCACGUGCUAAAACUAUCAGGACAGGGGUCACAGCCCUGGGAGUUACUCUUGUCAUCCUAGUUUGGCUUUCAUCAAAGGGAAGAAUGGUUGCUGAGCCUCUCAUUCUCCCAGGAAAAAGAACCGGAGGAGAAAAGGCUGUUGCUUACCUUGCCGACCUGAGGCUACUGAGCUUCCUGAAGGUGUUCCUGCUGCCUCUGGAAAGGGCUUCACACUUUGGCUCUUGCCUCUGAGGUUAGCGCCUGCACCAGGGUUCAGACAGAUGUCCCCAUGCCUGUCAGUUCACGAGUUUUCACUGUUUUUUUCUUUUUGGUGACUGUGUUAAUACACAUCUUACAACUUAACCUCUAUUUAAGAGAAGUUUGGAGUCAGGGAGGAACAGAAGCAAAGAAUGUAAGAGGGGGUGUCUUCAAGGCUCACGCACGGGCUGCUGCUUCUCCUUGAGAUAUUUAUUUCUCGAACACUGUUAGAAUUAGCCAGAGAAGACACAGGAGGAAGUGAUUUUCAGCGAUCUAGUUAAUGAGUGCUCUGCUUGAGAAAAGCUGGGUGAAUCAGAGAGAGCUCUUGGGCCCUUGGCUCGAGAGGAAUGGAAACAGAGUUAUUCUGCUGACUAGGCAUUUUGGUUAAAUUGAGCAGCCCAGCCUCCAACCUCUUUCUGCAGCUGCUCAGAACAGCCUCCCUUCUUGAGCUAGGAUGCAUUCUCUUGCUUGUGUUCUGAUGAAUCAAGCAAAAAAAAAAAAGGGGGGGGGCAACCUUGCAAGCAGGCCUUAGUCUCCGGGGAUUGGAGUCGUUCUAGAGUCAAUGUGAUGAGAAUGAGAAAACUCGCCCACUUUAAUACACAUAUUUACGAUAAAGUCAGCUCUGUGCAAAGCAAUCCCUUCGGAAUCCGGUAGAAACCAGGCAGAAAAGUAGACAUUUACAACUCACUCAUUUGCAUAUGCAUUGGACAAGUGGACUCAGAGCCUGCCCUUGGCAUCUCCAAAGGAGAGGAACAGUUGGUGGUGGUGUCUCUCUCACAUCCUUAAUCCCAGCUUCAGGGAGGCAGAGAGAGAUGGUUUCUGCGUUCUGGAUGAGCCAAGGCAAUGUAAUGAGAUCCUGUCUGAAAACAAAACAAAACAAAACAAACAAAACAUAAGGGAUGUAUCCUUCCUGACUGGUUGUUGUGUAGAUGACACUUGUAUCAAGAACUACAAGGCAAGAUUCAUCAAGUAUUUUAAGGAUUUAAAUACUAGAAGGCACCAGGAGAUGAGGACAGAGCCAGGCCUUCAAUGGCUAAGGCACGGCUUAGACUGACUGUGCCCUGUUCUUAGGGAACAUCAACGUGCUCAUGGCUCAGCUCACAAAGCCGGCUUUAAACGCUUGUGGGUGUUAAUGUUCCUACCUAUCAGACGAUACCUCUCAAUAACAGUGUAACCUCCAGCCUUUUAUCUGCUUUAGUAAUUGAGGGGAUAGAAAGUGGAGCCCCCAAAGGGUAGGUGCGGUUACAGCAUCCAACUGAAAGGCAGCACAGAGUUUAAGGGCUUUUUUUUUUCCCAAAAGGAACAGUCCUUUGGCUCAUUUCUGAUGUAACGUUAUCUUGUCUACCUCGGUCCAAUACAACGCCUUUGGACAAAUAAUAAAACGAGCAACGACCAUUAAA